UGGCCGACGAAUUGAGCUCGCGCAAAUCGGCUUUGCUGGCACGGGCGUUGUUUCUCACUCCACAUUACUACAUUUUAUCAUGGCCGGUGCUAAGAAGAAGAAGUGGUCGAAGACGCGCUCGCGCGACAAGAUCGAGAACGCGGUCUUCGCCAACGAGGAGAAGUACGCCGAGAUCAUGGCUGAGGUCCCCAAGUACCGCCUGAUCACCCCGUCGAUCAUCGCUGAGCGCAUGCGCGUCAACGGCUCCGUCGCCCGCGCUGCCAUCAAGGACAUGCUCGCCGAGGGCCUCAUCAUUGAGGUCUCCACCCACCGCUCGCAGUCGAUCUACACCAAGGCUGUCGCCGACGAGGUUGCCGUCGCCGAGGAUGGCGAGGAGGAGGUUGACAUGUCCGAGUUCGAGUAAACGUCGAUGAUCCCACA